CCUUUCCUUCAAUCGUCUUCUUCAACAAUUUCAAUUUUUUUCUACUGUAAAACCCUAAUCAAAACCAGAGAUAAUUGUAUAUUCAUCUCUCUCCUCCAUUUUCAAACCUCCAAAAGAAGAAAUGCGUUCAGUAAUCACCAGAAUCCAAUCAAAACACCUUCUUAAACGCUUCGUUCCAUCAAUUUCUCUCUCAUCACACACUCUCUCUACAUCAACCGAAACCAGACCCCAGAAACUAGAUCGAAUCUCAAAUGAGUUGCUUUCCCUCAACCCCGUGGAGCUUCACGAUUACUCGAUCCUAUUCCGGAUGAAAAUGGGCCUGAAGAAUGCCGGGUUAGCUUCACUCUCAUCCGGGGCAGGCCCAUCUGGUUCUGCCCAGCCCAGUGCCGAAGCUGAGAAAAAGGAGAAAACGUUGUUCGAUGUGAAAUUGGAGAAGUUUGAUGCAGGGUCGAAGCUAAAGGUGAUUAAAGUGGUGAGAAGUUUUACGGAAUUAGGGUUGAAGGAAGCGAAAGAUUUGGUUGAGAAAACUCCUGCAUUUGUGAAAAAAGGGGUCACUAAAGAAGAAGGUGAAGCUAUUAUUGAGAAAUUGAAGGCGCUUGGUGCUACCGUCGUUUUGGAAUGAUUCCAUGUUUGGAUACAAACAAGCCAUACAACAAGCCCCAUUACUAUCGGCCUUAGCUUGAUUCAUGGGAGAUACAACUAACUUUAUUAGACCCUUUGACCUUACUAAGCUAGUACAAGGCAUACAGUAAGACUCUAGACUAUUAGCACUCGACUCAAUAAUUCUAGAGAAAGACACACUACACCUAUUCAGAUACAAAGGGAGCUCAACGGUAUUAUAGAAAGACACCAACAAACACUUCUUUUUUGUGCGACCAGAGACUUCCAAAGAAGGGGCAACAAACUUCCUCUUCAUUCCCAUUUGAUACCUGCAACCAAAUCCAACAUGAGAAUGGUUUCCAGAGACUUGAUUCCUUAUACACAUUCGCUUUCUCGGGUUGGCGAUCCUCUCUUGAAGGCUGGUGUUCUUCGCUUUUCCCAAAUUCGAUAGAGCCUGCUUUCGACCUUGUUGAUAAUUAAAAUGAUUAUCUGUUAGGCCACUCGAAGCUUCACUAUCUGCAACCUCUUCCAUGGACACUUCAUAUGUCCCUGUUAAUGAUUUUUCCUUAGCUUGCCUUUUCGAGCACUCAAGGGUGCUCUUACCAUCACCUUUAAGGUCCUGAAAAUAAGGUCCUGAACUUACAGGAACUUAUCUGAACUUACAAGAACUUAUCUGAACUUAUAGGACUUGAAAAUAAGGUCCUAUAAAUUGAAGAGAACAAGACCUCAUUUUGCAUCUCUAUAAAUAGCAAGAUUG